AUGGUGCGUCAUAAGUCCACCCAACCAUGCAGAAAGCCGCCCCACUCCGUUCAACUCACCUAUCGAUCACCUGACUCGCAGCUAUUACGGCGUGCCAACCCCUCAUUCAACAAUGCGACAAAGUACUGGAAUUUUGUAUCGACCCGUAAGUCGAUCCCCACGAACAAAUCACUACUAUUCGUCAGACUGCCCGCACCGCCGACACAACUCGCCGCCUUCUUCAACUCAAGCAGGGCAUGCUUCAGCAAAUGUUCAACCAAUGGUCAAGCAUCAUCAAUCAACUUUCCGCAAAAGACUCUCCGAUACUCAUCGAAGCCGAACACGAUUCCUUCCACAAAAUGGUUAACGGCCCCAACGGCCUUUACUCCACCCUUGACCAGAUUGCCAACCGCAUUCAAAAACUCGAAUUUUUGGAACGCGACCUCAAUACCGCCCUCCAGCAAUUACAAUCUCCUUCACCCAACCGCCUAG